CAACCUGGGUGUAGGGGAAAAGGAAAGGGAGGUGCAAGCUACUGCACUGUAUUUCUAAAUGUAUUCAUUGCUUAACACACAAACACAGAACCUGACCGAGGACAGGACCGAAGUCUUCUCUCCCACAGGAUUAAAGGUUGUAGCCAUGGAACUGGUCUCAACAUCAGUUGGCAAGUUUACAGUUGAUAUUUUUAACAAGCUGGAUGAGACCAACAAGGGCAAAAACAUUUUCUUUUCCCCUUGGAGCAUAUCAUCUGCUCUAGCUCUGAUGUACCUGGGUGCAAAAGGGAAUACAGCAACAGAGAUGGCAGAGGCUCUUCAUUUCACUCAAGCAGCAGGCACUGAAAGCUCUUCUUCUGUGGCCAGACCUUCUCGGGGGAGACCAAAGAGAAGAAAAAUGGAUCCUGAGCACAGGCAAGCUGAAGCUAUCCAUUCUGGCUUCAAAGAACUCCUGACUGCCAUCAACAAACCCAGAACCGCCUACUCACUGAGAAGUGCUAACCGUAUUUAUGUGGAGAAAACCUUCUCAUUACUGCCCAUAUACCUACAGCUCAGUAAGAACUACUACAAAGCAGAGCCACAGAAGGUCAACUUUAAGACAGCACCAGAACAAUCCAGAAAGGAAAUCAAUGCUUGGGUUGAAAAACAAACUGAUGGCAAAAUCAAGAAUUUGCUGAAUUCACCAGAUGUGGCAAAGCACACCAAGCUGAUCCUGGUAAAUGCCAUUUACUUCAAGGCAGAAUGGAAAGUGAAAUUUCUGGAAGAAUUUACAGAUCUGCAACCCUUCCGAAUGAGCAAGAACAAGACCAAGCCUGUGAAGAUGAUGCACACGAGACAUACCUUUCCAGUUCUCACCAUGGAAACAAUGAAUUCCAAAAUGAUCGAGUUGCCAUAUGAGAAACAUGAACUCAGUAUGUUCAUCCUCCUUCCUGAUGACAUCAAAGACACCACUACAGGUCUCGAACAGCUGGAAAGAGAACUGACGCAUGAGAAGCUGUCCGAAUGGAUUGAUUCCGAGAAGAUGACCUCAACUCUUGUGGAUCUGCAUCUACCUAAGUUCUCAAUAGAGGAGAGAUACGACCUCACUGAUAAGCUGAACAGCAUGGGAAUGCACAGUGCCUUUGGCAGCGAUGCUGAUUUCAGCGGAAUGGCUAAGAAGGGCGAUGUGCAGAUCUCCAGAGUUCUUCACAAGUCUUUUGUUGCAGUUGAUGAGAAUGGCACUGAGGCAGCUGCUGCUACUGUAAAUACAAGUGUAACAAGUUUACCUGUUAGCCAUGCUCUGAAAUUUAAAGCUGACCACCCUUUUCUUUUCUUCAUCAGACACAACAAAUCCAAAAGCAUCCUCUUUUUUGGCAGAUUCUGCUCUCCCCUAGAAUGAGUUUUUAUUUGCUCCCACACAGCAUGCAGGGUUCACUGUUCAAUGGAAAAAUGUGAACUGCAGUGUUAAAAGCUUAAGCCUUAAGCCAUGUAGCCAUACAUACCAAAAGUGUAUGUCCUUUUUCUUGCCCCCUCAAGUAAGGCAGUACCUAAAAGCCACCCUGUACCUCAAAGACCACCCAUCUGCUGCUCCUUUCCAUUGUCCUACUGAGACAGCCCUCCACAUAAAACAGAGUGCAGAAUUUUGCUCCCUUGCAUCAAACCUGCUCUUCUGGCUUUGUUGUUGGAGAGUAAGGUGGAGCCAUAAAAGCUGUCUGCACACAGGCCAUCCUCUAGCCCUAUGCCAAAUGCUGACUUCAGGUGAAAUGCAUUCAUUGUCUUGAAUCUCCCAGAGAUGAAAAAAAAUCUCUGAAAGAAAAAAAACCCCAAACUUGCAGAAAUCUGUAAGCUCUCUUUUCCUCACUGGGAAACCUGCAUUUGCAUUGCAAUGCAGUUUCCUUAUGUUCAUUUCAGAUUUAAAGGCUGUUGAAAAUUAACAGAAUUUAAUACAAACCCAGAAUAAUCUCAAAAUGACCCUUACCUUCCCCUGUCUCACCAUGUGUAUAUAGACACAUUACAUUCCUUCUCUCCUGUCCUUGCAGCUUGCAGCAAGGGAAAAUGGUCCAGUCCUUAACAUUUAAUCGGUGACUUCUAAUCACCUUGCUUUUUUUCCUAAUUUUUCUAAACUUUGUAGUUUAAUGUUGCUAAGAGGUCCAACCAGCAAAAAUGCUUAGAAAACUAUAAGUAACAUGCCUUCUUGCUGCCUCUUAUUGAUAUGCAAUCUAAGACCUUCAGAAUUCAGAUCUGCUUCCUCUUUUUCAUUUUGCCUAAUUAUACCUGUUUCACAGCUAGCAUCUGCCCAGCUUCCUUGCUACCUGCAUUAUUGACCAAUGAGUGCAUCGCAGCGAGUAUAGUCAUGGUAUUGACAGAAACACCAGUGAGAUUUUGAUUGAUGUUUUACUUCAUAAUUUUACCAUGACCUGCAUUUAAUACAAUAAAUUAACUUGGA